CGGCGUUCCUGUUUCGUUUGACAGCUGGGGAAGGUCAGACUAAAAAAGAGAGUGGCAGGGUACAUUGCUGUCCGCGCCGUGUAAGAGAGAGAGAGAGAGAGAGAGAGAGAGAGAGAGAGAGAGAGAGAGAGAGAGAGAGAGAGAGAAAGCGACAUGGUUGAGCGGCGAGGCAAUCAACAGAAAGGUGGUUCACGAGGCACAUCUCAAAGCCAGAAAGGCUCGCGAGGCCCGUCUCCGAGCCAAAGGUCAGGGGCAGCAAGGAAGGAUGGCAAGGCGGCGGAACUAGGGCGGAAAGAGCCGGCGGGUCCAGGUGCAAGUCCGGAGGACUCUGCGCCAGGCCCAGUCGGUGGAACGGCGGAGGCCACCGUGGGCGGCCAAUUAAAGGGUCUACCGGCGGGGGUGUCAUCAGCUCGGGGAGGACCCUCGAACGCAGGCGAGGCAGGCGGCGGGCAAACCUUCGCCCAUCCUAAAGGCGUGGAUUCCUUGUCCACAACAACCGCUGCCGCAGGCUUACCGGUAGGUCCGUCAAGGAGACCAGAAACACAACUAGGAACAGCUUCGGGACUGCCACUCGUAGCCUUCCCGCCAUCUCAAGUGGUCGUUCCGCCUGGUCCAUCUGGCGAUGGUGGAGCUGCGCCCGUUGCGCCAUCUUUUCCCGCCCUUAUGCCCACUAAGCAGCAGAAGUUCUCCAUACCCGUCGCUGUGGUUCCUCACGUGGAGGAAGGCUCCGCCUCUGUCUCUUUUGCGUCCGUGAGGGACGAUUGGGAGGAAGCCAUUGCAGAACCAAUCGGGGUAUUUCCUCCAACAGAGGCGAAACAAGCGGCGGGUCAUCCCCAACCAAACAUUGAGCGCGGGGUGGUUUCAACCCAAGCUGCACUUUCCCGUUAGGUCCCGCGAGGCGAGUUGAUCACCCCGGCUUUGACCGAGCUGGAAUCGACAUCGGUGUCCUUUCACCGGAUUUAACCGGCG